AUGGAAGUUGAAACUGCGACUGAUGAUUGGCUCAAAGGGUUUAUGAGCAGACACAAAGACUUAACUGUGAGAAAACCUGAAAGCACUUCUCUAUCCCGUGCAACAUGUUUUAAUAAAGCUAAUGUAAGCACAUUUUUUGAGAAAUUAAACACUGUUUUACAAAGAUACAAAUUUCCUCCUCAUAGGAUUUUUAACGCCGAUGAAACAGGCUGCAGCACCGUCACCAAUCCUCCUAAGGUCAUAGCUGAAAGGGGUUCGAAACAAAUUGGGCAACAUUGGUGA